AUGAAGCGAUCAAAGCGCAUUGUACCUGAUGUGUUCAAAAAGAAAAGGAAAGUGGUUGUCUCAGCAGGUCUUCAGUCUGACUGGGGAUGUGAUCAGGAUUCCAUCUUAUCAAAUCUAGCUUUGCCUAAUGACACUAAAGUUGCCUUGGAUUAUGUCAAAUCAUUGCUUCAUGUUGAGGUAUUUGAGUUCCGCAUUCCAACAAUUAUCUUCAAACAUCAGAUCUAUAGUAUUGUACAUAAUAAAACCACAGUUGACAGACAGCUUGAAGAAUUAAAAGAGAAGAAAGUAAUCAAGAUGUUUAAACUUGGGAUUGCAGUUGAUGAAUUCUGUAUAGUGUUCACAGAUGACUAUAAACAACAUGUUAAGAGACAAGAACCUGAUAAUAAAACGAUUGAUAAAUUCCUUGACACUGUUGUGGAUAGAUGUCCAGAUGUCAGUCUGACUAAAUCCACUAUGAUCAACGAGUUUUGUUUUACUGAUGAGGAAAUUACUCACCUUGUCAGUGCUGGUCUUCUUACAGUACGUGAUGUUGGCAGUUGGUGGCUAGCAAUACCUGGUGCUGGAAUAUUCAUGAAAACAUUUGUUAAAGGAAGACAGUCGCUUUUAAGAACCAUUAGAAAAUGCAAAUAUCAAGAAAUACUCCAAAAGAAUUUGGAGGAAAAAAAAUUAGCAGCAGUAAAAAAACUGGGUAUGAAUUUUCACAUUUUGGAUAUUAUUGGUGCGGAACUUGUAAAAAAAAUUCAGACGACCUCAGGAUGCCUUUUAAGAUUAAAUGAAUAACUAUUACUCCUAAACCACAUUUCCAGCAAGACAAAUAUUACAUAAUUUAUUUGGUGUAAACAUUUAAAAAAACAUUGAAGUUUAUUUACAGUUGACAGUGAACAGUAUUUACAUAAUUUAAAUUAUUUUUACUGAGACAAAACUGAAAUACAAUAUUUUAACUUUUUUGCUCGUGACAAGUAACAAAUACAUGUACUGGUAUAAGUCCUGUUACUUGAUAUCAUUAUGUCUUUACUCAUUUUGUACGACAAAGAUAAAUUUAGUUCUGUAUGGUACAUGGAUUGAUAUAGAAUUUAAUAUUUAACUCAACUGAUGUUUGCCACUUAAUGUGUUUCACAGAUUAGUACCAUUUUAGUAUCUCGCAUGUUCAAGUUCAUGUACACCAUCACUCCCAC